CGGGGCAGAAUGGCCGAACAAGCGGUGGCAGUUAAGACGGGAGCGCUUCAGCGAAUACUGACCUUUCUUGGUGUUCAUAGUCUGUUCGGCAGUGCGAUCGGCUACCUGGACACCACAAUCAGGUCGUUGUGGAUCCCCAGCUGGCUGCCGUCAUGGUGCCCCACCUCUGAGAACCAGCUGAAGAUGGCAGAGGACAGGAUGCUGCAAUGUGUUGACGGCAGUUUCUCCAGACAGUAUGUGCCUAUUUCUGGCGGCAACCUGCUGUGGACACUGACCUUUAACACUGAUGGUGUUAAAGGCAAAACCCCUGUGGUUCUGCUACAUGGGUUUGGGUGCGGUGUAGGUCUUUGGGCACACAACCUUUGUGCUCUCUCCCAGCGUCGGCCCGUCUACGCACUGGACCUGCUGGGCUUCGGCCAGAGCAGCAGGCCGCUGUUCUCCACUGAUGCCCAAGAGGCAGAAGAGCAGUUUGUGGAGUCCAUAGAGCAAUGGAGGGCUAAAGUCGGUUUGGAGGCCAUGAUCCUGCUGGGACACAACCUGGGAGGAUACCUGGCUGCGUCAUACUCUCUUAAAUAUCCUGGCAGAGUGAAGCACAUAAUCCUGGUGGAGCCCUGGGGUUUCCCUGAGCGUCCGGACACUGCAGACGAGGAUCGUCCCAUCCCGGUGUGGAUCAAAGCCCUGGGAGCCAUGCUUAGCCCCUUCAACCCCUUGGCUGGCCUGCGCCUUGUUGGACCAUUAGGUCCCACUCUGGUCCAGACCCUGAGACCAGACUUCAAGAGGAAGUUCUCCUCCAUGUUCAGCGACAACACCGUAUCAGAAUACAUCUACCACCUCAAUGUGCAAACACCCAGUGGGGAAACUGCAUUUAAGAAUAUGACCAUUCCCUACGGCUGGGCCAAGAGACCAAUGCUGCAGAGGAUCGGCCUCCUUCAGCCAGAGAUCCCCAUCACCAUCAUCUACGGUUCCCGCUCCAGCAUAGACGGACACUCAGGCAACACCAUCAAAGCCAUGAGGCCCAGCUCUCACGUUGAGAUCAUCGCUAUCCGAGGAGCUGGCCACUAUGUGUACGCUGACCAGCCGGACGACUUCAACCGCAGAGUCUUGCAAGUGUGUGAUCAAAUGGACUGAAGCAGACACAAACUGGGUUUCUCUACAAUGUCCAGACAGGCUCGCACCUACAGUACAACAGGUAUUGCUUUAGCAGCCGGCAUGAAACCAUACUGUACGAAUCCCAGUUUCUCACAGCUGGAGUGAUGGGUGUGUUUCCAUAAAACAUCUUCUAAGACAAGCACUAAUCUGAUUUUGACUCACAGUUCAUGUCCUCUUCAUAUUAGUCAUGUCACCUGACCACUGAUUCUCGGGACUCCUAUUCUCGGAAGCUUAGUAAACAGUGACCUGACAUCUCUGAUCAAGUCCCCUUCAGCUUCCUGUUUAACAAAAAGAUGAAGAGCCUGGACAUCAGCCCUCCUACACUGGUAAUCAGUGUGCAUAUGGGCCUGAAUCACAUGGCUCUUCCCUCUUGUGCAUGUGCAUCUGUGUACGAGUGUUGUCCGGGGUAUAAAGUCCUGACAGGGACUUCAAUAACACACACACACACACACACACACAGGUGAAACUCCAGCUGCUUUCAUUUAAUUAAUUGCCUUGUCCUUUGCUUCCUACUUAGAAUUAAUGGAGAGAGUAUGUUAUAUGGUUACAUCUCAGAAAGUGCCUUUUCCAAACACUGUGAAAUAAAGAGAGGAAGCAUUUUGAAAUUCAAAUAAUUAUUCUGUACAGAGACCCAGAGGACGACUGUGUAUAGUACAUUGUCAGUGUAUUGUCAGUAUAUGCCCUAUACUCGUUUAGUGGUUUGUUGUGGUAUCCUAAUUCCACAGAACAGAAAAUCAGAUAAUCAAAACAGAUAAUUAGAUAUAGAUUCAGAUCUGCAAAAGCAUUUUUUUAUGAUAUAAUAUUCCUCCAAAGGCUAAAUUGCUAUCAUAAAGAAUUAUAUUUCGAAUAUCCUUUUUCGAAAACAGAUUUUCCAUAUGAUUCCAUAUAUGUUUGCAGUAUUAUGAUGUUAAUGUUAAUGUUAAACUGAAACAGGAACAAACAGGAACACUGUCAGUGCAUGGUAUUACUUCAUACAAAAAGCUUAGUUUGCCGGAUGUACUUGCCAGUAGGUGUUUCCUGUUUAAUGGCUGUAUCCUGUUCGGUGCUUGCCUUGUGGUUUGUGGUUUUCCACAUGAUUAUGAUACAACCCAAAAGAAUACUCUCUAGUAUA